UCGAAUGGCUCCACGCUUCCGCCGCCCCGCGACUAGGGUAGUGGGCUAGGGGGGUUUCGUCUCCUCCCACCCCCCCCUCCAAACGACGCGAUGGAAGCCGCCGCCGCCGCGGUGGCGCUGCUGCUGCGGCUCCUCGUCCUCGCGGGCGCGGCGUGGGGCGCGGCGACGGCGGCGGGGGACGGGUGCGCCAAGGGGUGCGACCUCGCGCUGGCGUCGUUCUACGUGACGCCGAACGAGAACGUGACCAACAUGGCGGAGCUCUUCGGCAUCGGGGCAGCGAACUACCGCCUCCUCGCGCCCUACAACCCCAACAUCAGCAACCUCGACUUCAUCAACCAGGGCGACCGCGUCAACGUCUACUUCACCUGCGGCUGCCAAUCGCUCCCGGCCGCGCCGUCCGCCACCUACCUCGCCGGCGCCAUCCCCUUCCGCAUGUCCCGCGGCCAGACCUACGACAGCGUCGCCGGCAAGUACAACAACCUCACCUCCACGGCGUGGCUGCAGGCCACCAACAGCUACCCGCCCAACAACAUCCCCGACACCGCCACCAUCAACGUCACCGUCAACUGCUCCUGCGGCGACGCCAGCAUCUCGCCGGACUACGGGCUGUUCCUCACCUACCCGCUCAGGGACGGGGAGACGCUCGCCUCCGUCGCGGCGACCUAUGGGCUCUCGUCGCAGUUGGACGUGGUCAGGAGGUAUAACCCCGGAAUGGAGAGCGCCACGGGGAGCGGUCUCCUUUACAUACCCGUCAAAGAUCCCAGUGGAAGUUACCGACCUCUGAAAUCAUCAGGAAAAGGAGCUUCUGCAGGAGCUAUAGCAGGAGGUGUUGUAGCUGGUGUUGUUGUACUUGCGCUUGCCAUCUUCCUGUAUAUCAUACUCUCUAGGCGGAGAAAGGCAAAACAGGCCACCCUGCUUCCAUCAUCUGAAGAUUCCCAACUUGCAAGUGCAAUAUCCAUGGAUAAAGUUACACCAUCAACCACUCAAGCCAAUGGCCCUUCACCAGUUGCAGGCAUUACUGUUGACAAAUCAGUAGAGUUCUCAUUUGAAGAACUUUCUAAUGCUACACAGGGUUUUAGCAUUGGCAAUAAAAUAGGGCAAGGUGGUUUUGGCGCUGUCUAUUAUGCUGAACUUAGAGGAGAGAAAGCUGCCAUCAAGAAAAUGGACAUGCAGGCUACUCAUGAGUUCCUUGCUGAAUUAAAGGUUUUAACACAUGUUCAUCAUCUGAAUCUGGUAAGUGAUUUUUUAAUCAUUGGUACCCACCGUGCUCUUUUCUUCCAUUCUCAAUAUUUGGAAUAUUUCAUACAGGUGCGCUUGAUUGGUUAUUGCAUCGAGAGCUCUUUGUUUCUUGUCUAUGAAUUUAUCGAGAAUGGCAACUUGAGCCAACAUUUACGUGGAACUGGUUAUGAACCUUUGUCUUGGGCUGCCAGGGUCCAAAUUGCACUAGAUUCAGCAAGAGGUCUUGAAUACAUUCAUGAACAUACUGUUCCAGUGUACAUACAUCGGGACAUCAAAUCAGCAAACAUAUUGAUAGACAAGAACUACCGGGCAAAGGUUGCAGAUUUUGGUUUAACAAAGCUUACAGAAGUUGGUGGUACAUCAAUGAACCAUGGAACACGUGUUGUUGGUACAUUUGGUUACAUGCCUCCAGAGUAUGCUCGAUAUGGUGAUGUUUCCCCUAAGAUUGACGUCUAUGCGUUUGGCGUUGUCCUGUAUGAACUUAUUUCAGCCAAAGAAGCCAUAGUCAGAUCAACUGAAUCUUCUAGUGAUUCAAAGGGACUGGUUUAUCUGUUUGAGGAGGCCCUCAACUCGCCGGAUCCAAAGGAAAGCCUUCAGACACUGAUUGAUCCAAAUCUAGGAGAAGAUUAUCCUAUUGAUUCCAUUCUCAAGAUGACACAACUCGCAAAGGUGUGCACACAGGAAGACCCCAAGCUGAGACCUUCCAUGAGAUCCGUUGUGGUUGCGUUGAUGACUCUCUCAUCCACAAGUGAGUUCUGGGACAUGAACAACCUCUAUGAGAACCAAGGUUUGGUCAACCUCAUGUCCGGGAGAUAAGAGACUUUGGUGCCGCCUGCCCACUGGCAAAAUUGUACAUUCGUGCUCAUUUGUACUGUAAUGAUGGCCACUACAUUGUUUUUGGCAUCUUUGUUUCUUUUUUGUUGUGUUCCUACUUCUUAGAGAACUUAGACACAUGUAACUCUGUAAGUCAUAUGUAUGAUAUUCACUUUUACAUUGCAGUGAAAAUAAAUAUAUUCACAUAUAGAGAUACCCCAGUUGCCCUGGUUUUAG